CCCAAUUAAUAAAUAAACCGGCGGUGUAGAAAUCCGCCCCAUUUUCAAAGAGAAAUCCAUUCGUAGCAUGGAGUUAAAAUUUCGAGUCUUUUAAUGGGGAGGAGGAGUGAUCUGCCCAGAGGAGUUCUGCACGGCUCAAAUGCAUGGAAUUAAAGACGAAAAAUUGAUCUCAAAAUAUUAUUCUUCGUUUUCUUUUGCUCGAAUCAGAGCUGAAUGAAGGACAGAAUUAAAUAUUCCUAAGGAACAUUGUUCAGAACUCACCACUCCCUCCCACCGCAUUAGAAGUCAGCCUUAUAUUUAAUAGAACACACUUGUGAACAGAAAAAAAACCCAUUUUUGUGCAGUUUGUAGUGAUUGAAAUUAAAUGGGAAGUUUCACAUGAUAGAAUGUUACCCAAAGCUUUCUGACCACUCCGCCCAGAUCAUACAAAACAGCCACAUUUUAUUUUUAGGGAAAGUGGAGCUGCAUGGAAAACAGCUAGAGAUUGAACACUCAGUACCUAAAAAGCAAAGGAGCCGGAAAAUUCAAAUCCGAAAUAUCCCACCCCAGCUGCGAUGGGAGGUUCUGGAUGGCUUGCUAGCACAAUAUGGCACUGUAGAAAACUGUGAGCAAGUGAACACAGACAGUGAGACUGCCGUGGUUAAUGUCACCUACACAAACCGGGAGCAGACCAGGCAAGCCAUCAUGAAGCUGAACGGGCACCAGCUGGAGAACCACGUGCUGAAGGUCUCCUACAUCCCUGAUGAGCAGUCAGUGCAGGGCCCAGAGAACGGGCGUCGGGGUGGCUUUGGGGCCCGAGGUGCCCCCCGGCAGGGUUCCCCUGUCACAGCAGGGGCUCCAGUCAAGCAGCAGCCCGUUGACAUCCCGCUCCGUCUGCUGGUGCCCACACAGUAUGUGGGUGCCAUCAUUGGCAAAGAAGGGGCCACCAUCAGGAACAUUACCAAGCAGACACAGUCCAAGAUUGAUGUUCACCGUAAGGAGAACGCAGGAGCUGCAGAAAAAGCCAUCAGCAUCCACUCCACCCCUGAGGGCUGCUCUGCUGCCUGCAAAAUGAUCUUGGAGAUCAUGCAGAAGGAGGCAAAGGACACGAAGACAGCUGAUGAAGUGCCUCUGAAAAUCUUGGCCCAUAACAACUUUGUGGGGCGCCUGAUUGGCAAAGAAGGGCGAAACUUGAAGAAAGUGGAGCAGGAUACAGAGACAAAAAUCACCAUUUCAUCCUUGCAGGACCUGACCCUGUACAACCCUGAAAGAACGAUCACAGUGAAGGGCUCCAUCGAGAACUGCUGCAAAGCAGAGCAGGAGAUCAUGAAGAAAGUGAGAGAAGCCUACGAGAACGAUGUCGCGGCCAUGAGCCUGCAAUCUCAUCUCAUCCCUGGCCUUAACCUGGCUGCUGUCGGCCUCUUCCCUGCCUCCUCCAAUGCAGUACCUCCUCCUCCCAGCAGCGUCUCUGGGGCUGCUCCAUACAGCUCCUUCAUGCCUCCCGAGCAGGAGACCGUACACGUCUUCAUCCCUGCCCAAGCAGUUGGUGCCAUCAUUGGCAAGAAGGGCCAGCACAUCAAGCAGCUCUCCCGGUUCGCAAGUGCCUCUAUUAAGAUUGCACCUCCAGAGACACCGGACUCCAAAGUGCGCAUGGUGGUCAUCACAGGCCCUCCAGAAGCUCAGUUCAAGGCACAAGGCAGGAUUUAUGGGAAGCUGAAGGAGGAGAACUUCUUUGGGCCGAAGGAAGAAGUGAAGCUGGAGACGCACAUCCGUGUCCCCGCCUCGGCUGCAGGGAGGGUUAUUGGCAAAGGGGGCAAAACUGUCAAUGAGCUGCAGAACCUGACGGCUGCAGAGGUGGUGGUUCCACGGGAUCAGACCCCUGAUGAGAAUGAGCAGGUCAUUGUGAAGAUCAUCGGGCACUUCUAUGCCAGCCAGAUGGCACAGCGCAAAAUCCGGGACAUCCUGGCCCAGGUGAAGCAGCAGCAUCAGAAGGGACAGAGCGGCCAGCUGCAAGCGAGGAGGAAAUGAGAGCAGCACUGACACCAAUGUGAAAAGUGGAACAAGCCAAUGCCAGGCUUAAGAGUGGCUGGGAAUCAGUUACCAUAGACAGAUGCAAUUGUUUUCAUUAACUGGUCGACACUAAAAGGCAGUUUGAUUGGCUUUCAAGGCAAGAGGGACGGGGCUAAGAACCAGACUGCACCAUCUGACCCAUUUUUUAGCUCCAUGUGCUGACACUGUACUGAACCGAAGCGGGAGGUGCUGCGGGGCUGGGGGAUGGAGCCCAACACCAGGCACUGCACUCAGCCCCUGCAGGCACUGCCUGCCUUCAUCUCAGGGCCUCUG